AAGGUGGGUGGGCACACAGGGGAUUGAUUGUGGGUGGCCUCUAUUUAUAAGCAUCCAAAUUAGCUCCACUUCAGAGGAUUUAAGCUCUUGUGUUUUGCCUACAUCUUUGUUAGUUCUCUCUCUACUAUACACAUAGCUAUUAAUUAAUUUGAGAUACAUCACUGUUGCCACAAAAUAAAUUCCUAGCUAGAUCUCUUUGAUCUCAAAUUAAUUAAUAGAAGAAUAUAUAGGGAGAUAUAUAUAAGAACUAUAUAUAUAUGAUGGGACUAAGGGACAUAGAGUCCACACUACCACCUGGGUUCAGGUUCUACCCAAGUGAUGAGGAGCUGGUUUGCCACUACCUCUACAAGAAGGUGGCCAAUCAGAAGAUCUCAGAGCUGGGGACUUUGGUGGAGGUGGAUUUGCAUGUUCAUGAGCCUUGGGAGCUUCCUGAGGUGGCAAAGCUCGGUGCCGAUGAGUGGUACUUCUUCAGCUUCAGGGACCGCAAGUACGCCACUGGAUCGCGCACCAAUCGCGCGACCAAGUCGGGAUAUUGGAAGGCCACGGGCAAAGAUCGGAUGGUACAUGAUCCUGUUACGCGCAGGAUCGUAGGGAUGAGGAAGACACUGGUGUUCUACCACGGAAGAGCUCCGAACGGAAUAAAGAUGGACUGGGUCAUGCAUGAGUUCAGGCUAGAGACUCCGCAUUCGACACCGAAGGAGGGUUGGGUUCUUUGUAGAGUGUUCCACAAAGGGAAAGGAAAGAUAGAGAAUGAGAACAUGCUCAUUGGCUCCUCCUCUUCUCCAGCUUUAGGUUCAUCCCCUCCUCCCAUGGUGGACCACUCCAGGGAUGAUGAUGGUUGCUUCUAUGAUCAAAUGAGUUCAUCAUCACUAGUACCCCACCAAGGUGGGAACACCUCAAACCACUUUCCAAAUAUGGCGACGGUUCAAUCUGGCUUCUUUGACCACACACAAGAUGUGAGUUGCACAUCUAUGAUGGGGUUGGGCUUGAGAAAUAAUUUUGGCGGAGAUGAUCAUUAUGGGUGCUUGUUUGAUGUGGGAUUUGAGAAUCAACAUGAGUUCUACUUCUAGGGUUAUUUAAGUAGUAAAAGAUUAUUCGGAUUGGAUUUGAAUGGAGUGGUUGUAGGAAGUAAUUAAUGUGAAGAUAUGGUAGAUAGUGUAUUAAUUCAUAGGUUUAUGAAAUGUUUGUGUAAAUAAUACAUUCCUUCGUAAGCUAGUUUAAUUAAAAUCUGUAAACAGUGAAGAAGAUAUGUAGUGGAAGGAUGUUUAAAUAUUUUCAUUUUGUGGUAGGUUA